AUGUCCAGCACGAACGGGUCGCAAGGCGACCAUCGCCUCCUGAUUGUCUCGAAUCGCCUUCCCAUCACAAUCCGACGGUCGGAAGGAGGAAAAUAUGAGUUCUCCAUGUCAUCGGGCGGUCUGGUAACUGGGUUGAGUGGUCUGUCGAAAACAACCACUUUCCAGUGGUACGGCUGGCCAGGUCUGGAAGUUCCAGAGGAUGAAAUUGAGUCGGUGAAGAAGAGGCUGAAGGAUGAGUUUAAUGCAACUCCGGUGUUCAUGGACGACAAAUUGGCUGAUCGUCAUUACAAUGGGUUUUCCAACUCGAUUCUAUGGCCCCUCCUUCAUUACCACCCCGGCGAGAUCGUUUUCGACGAAGGCGCUUGGGAUGCCUAUCGUGAGGCCAACCUUCUAUUCGCCAAAACAAUUGUAAAGGAGGCGCAAGACGGCGACCUGAUUUGGGUACAAGACUAUCAUCUCAUGCUCCUUCCAGAAUUGCUCCGCGAGGAGUUACGGAAGGCGGGCAAAAAAGAUAACAAAAUCGGGUUCUUCCUGCAUACACCUUUUCCCAGCAGUGAAAUAUACAGAAUCCUCCCCGUGAGAGGCCAGCUUCUGCGCGGUGUGUUGCAUUGUGACUUGAUCGGCUUCCACACCUAUGACUAUGCACGUCAUUUCUUGAGCAGCUGCUCACAUCUACUAGGCCUGGUCACGACCCCGAGCAGCGUCAAAUACGAAGGCAGAUCUGUAGCCGUAGGCGCUUUUCCGAUUGGUAUCGAUCCUGAUAAGUUUACCGAGGGUCUGAAGAGCCCCAAAGUGCAGAAUCGCAUCGCAAGCCUCGAGAACAAGUUCCAAGGCACCAAACUGAUGGUCAGCGUUGAUCGCUUGGACUACAUCAAGGGUAUCCCGCAGAAGUUACAUGCCUUGGAGGUCUUUCUUCAGAACCAUCCGGAGUGGGUAGGCAAGGUCGUCCUUGUUCAAGUUGCCGUUCCCAGUCGACAGGAUGUCGAAGAGUACCAGAACCUCAGAGCGGUGGUGAACGAGCUUGUGGGACGUAUCAAUGGCAAAUUUGGUACUGUCGACUACAUGCCUAUUCACUUUAUGCACAAGUCAGUUGGCUUUGAUGAGCUCAUCGCCCUGUACGCUGCCUCCGACGCCUGCAUUGUCUCCUCUACUCGAGACGGGAUGAACCUGGUAUCAUUCGAAUACAUUGCAACCCAGCAGAAGCGCAAGGGCGUUUUGAUCCUUUCCGAAUUUGCAGGAGCCGCUCAAAGUCUCAAUGGUAGCCUCGUUGUCAACCCAUGGAACACCGAAGAGCUCGCCAGAGCGUAUCAUGAGGCUGUUUCGAUGAGUGACGAACAGCGCGCCCAGAAGUUUGAGAAGCUUUACAAGUACAUUUCCAAGUACACGAGUGCCUUUUGGGGCAAAUCGUUUGUGGCAGAACUACUUCAAUGCUCGUCAUGA